AUGAUUUAUAGCUUAGUUUGGGGAAAUUAUCUCGUUGGUUUCUGCGUUAAAAUACUGAAUUCAGCCGUUGUGAUCGGAUUCUAUUAUGGAUUUCUGACUACAUUCUCCAUAGGACCGUCUUAUCUUUUCCUUCUUCGAGGGCAAAUCUUAGGAAAGGGAUCUGAAACGAAAAUAUCAGCAACAACCGGGUUUAUUACGGGACAGCUCAUGAUGUUUAUAUCGAUCUAUUACGCGCCUUUGCAUUUGGCAUUGAGUAGACCUCAUACAAUAACAGUCUUAACUCUACCAACACCGCUCCCAUAUUAUUAUAUUGAGGAAAUGAUGCGAUACGAUGACAGGGACCUGGAGGAAGUCAAAGCUGCAAUAGAUUGGGAAAAGGAAGAAACUAACGAAGAAGAAGAAGAUAUUACUGUUUAUCUUUCUGAUAAAAAAGAGAAUACUUUCAACAAAAAACUCGCCCCGUUGGAAAAAUCUCUUGUAACUACUCUUUUCGAUUAUCGAAAAUGGAAUAGGCCUUUGCGAUAUAUAAAAAAUGAUCACUUUGAAAGGGUUGUAAGAGAUGAAAAUUCACAAUUUUUUUUCCAGGUAUGUCAAAGUGAUGGAAAAAAACGAAUAUCUUUCACAAAACUAUGUAGUGAAAUAAACGAAAUAAGUAAAGAAGUUCCUCGAUGGUCAUACGACUUAGUCGAUGAAUUGGCGGUAUUGAUGGACGCGAGUCCAAAGGAGUCUCAGAUUCGUUCCCCAAAAGCUGACCGUAUAGUUCUUUUUAAUAGUAAAACAGAUUCUAAUGACAAUCAGAAUAGUGCUGAACCGGACAGAAAUACUGAAUUUGCUGUAGUUCAUUAUUCACGCGAACCAGAUUAUUGCCGAGACCUAAUCAGAGGAUCUAUGCGCCCUCAAAGGCGUAAAACAGUAACUUAUAAACUCUUUCAAGGAACUGCACACUCCCCUCUUUUUUUGGAGAUAAUGGGCGACUACGCGUUCUUGUUUGGUGAUCUUGUCUAUGAUAUCUCCCAAUAUUUGAAAGAAUAUUUCAGGAAACCGGGUACUGAUAAUUCGGAAUUUUUGGCGUUUGAGAAAACGAUAGAACAGAAAGAGAUAGAGGAAAACAAAGACGAGUCUGAAAUAAGACUUAGACAAAUCGAAGAAGCCUGGGAGAGCAUUCUCUAUGAAGAUUUGAGGGAUUGGAGAAAAGAAGUCCAUAUUUACUGCACCUAUCAGGGCGUUCCAGUAUCUCACACCGCGUUGCCAACAAACUGGUUCUGGGAGGGUAUUCAGAUAAGGAUCUUAUUCCCUUUUGUUCUGAAACCGUGGCACAAUAAGUUUUAUGGAAACAAAAACAUUACUGAUGUAGCCAAGUUAAAGUUAGAAAAGAAAGAAUACGGGAAGCAAGCAGAUCUCAAAUCAUAUCUCUCAAACUAUUAUAGGGACACUCGACGCCGUAGAGAAUUGAGAAUUCUAAUUUGUUUGAACCCACAGAAUAGAAAUACUGUGCAUAGAAACACAAUAAAUGACACUGAGAAAAAACGAAAUAAUUCUUCUGAAGUUUUGACUCAAAAUGAAGAUAUUGAUAGCGAUACAAAAAAACUAAUGACUUUAAAAUUCUUUCUUUGGCCAAAUUAUCGAUUCGAAGAUUUAGCUUGUAUGAACCGCUAUUGGUUUGAUACACAUAAUGGAAGCCGUUUCAGUAUAUUAAGAAUACAUAUGUAUCCUCGAUUGAAAAUCUAG